GUGACCAUCGUUUAAAAUAGACUUCCUGUCUCAGCCUUGCGGGAGUUCCCAGUAGACUUUCGUUGGGUAAUAGUCUUGUGACAAGGGGGCGAACAUUAUUCUAUGUAGAUAUACUGGCCAGUGGAAGGAAGAAACAUGACAUUUUGAAUAAAGAGCGAUCCAUAUUGGAUAUUGAACAUGUCACAUUUGUAACAGUUGAAGGUCUUCUGUAAAUAUAUAUUAUAUGGUGAAUAUGUAGUUUGUGUAAUAAAAUGGCAUUAGAUUUCGGAUGAGAAAGUUAUGAUAGAGAACAUUGUGUCCUGAGCUCAGAAAAGAUCCGAGCCGGACAUUAAUUAAGCUGAACCACCGACCCGACUUGAAGAAAAUACAAAAAAAAAAUGGAGGAGGACAUUUUCUCUACUUCAUUGGAAUUAAGGAAUGAGCUCAAGUAAGUCACUAAACAUUAGUCCGUAGUAUUGGAUCCAAUAUGGCUUACAAAUAAACAUUACCCUGUAGGCUUAGAUCAAACUGACUCAUAGAUAAACAUUACCCUGUAGGCUUAGAUUAAAGUGACUCAUAGAUAAACAUUGUAGACUGAGCUCAAAAUGACUUUUAGAUAAACAUUAGCCUGGGGUCUUAGUUCAAAGUGGCUUUUAGAUAAACAUUAGCCUGGUGUCUUAGAUCAAAGUGACUUUUAGAUAAGCAUUAGCCUGGGGUCUUAGUUCAAAGUGACUUUUAGAUAAGCAUUAGCUUGGGGGUCUUAGUUCAAAGUAACUUUUAGAUAAGCAUUAGCCUGGGGGUCUUAGUUCAAAGUGACUUUUAGAUAAACAUUAGCCUGGGGGUCUUAGUUCAAAGUGACUUUUAGAUAAACAUUAGCAUGGGGGUCUUAGUUCAAAGUGACUUUUAGAUAAGCAUUAGCCUGGGGUCUUAGUUCAAAGUGACUUUUAGAUAAGCAUUAGCCUGGGGUCUUAGUUCAAAGUGACUUUUAUAUAAGCAUUAUCCUGGGGGUCUUAGUUCAAAGUGACUUUUAGAUAAACAUUAGCCUGGGGGUCUUAGUUCAAAGUUACUUUUAGAUAAACAUUAGCCUGGUGUCUUAGAUCAAAGUGACUUUUAGAUAAACAUUAGCCUGGGUGUCUUAGUUCAAAGUGACUUUUAGAUAAAGCUUAGCCUGGGGGUCUUAGUUCAAAGUGACUUUUAGAUAAACAUUAGCAUGGGGGUCUUAGUUCAAAGUGACUUUUAGAUAAGCAUUAGCCUGGGUCUUAGUUCAAAGUGACUUUUAGAUAAGCAUUAGCCUGGGGUCUUAGUUCAAAGUGACUUUUAGAUAAGCAUUAUCCUGGGGGUCUUAGUUCAAAGUGACUUUUAGAUAAACAUUAGCCUGGGGGUCUUAGUUCAAAGUGACUUUUAGAUAAACAUUAGCCUGGUGUCUUAGAUCAAAGUGACUUUUAGAUAAACAUUAGCCUGGGUGUCUUAGUUCAAAGUGACUUUUAGAUAAACAUUAGCCUGGGGGUCUUAGAUCAAAGUGACUUUUAGAUAAACAUUAGCCUGGUGUCUUAGUUCAAAGUGACUUUUAGAUAAACAUUAGCCUGGGGGUCUUAGUUCAAAGUGACUUUUAGAUAAACAUUAGCCUGGGGUCUUAGAUCAAAGUGACUUUUAGAUAAACAUUAGCCUGGGGGUCUUAGUUCAAAGUGACUUUUAGAUAAGCAUUAGCCUGGGGGUCUUAGUUCAAAGUGGCUUUUAGAUAAGCAUUAGCCUGGGGUCUUAGUUCAAAGUGACUUUUAGAUAAGCAUUAGCCUGGGGUCUUAGUGCAAAGUGACUUUUAGAUAAGCAUUAGCCUGGGGUCUUAGUUCAAAGUGAGUUUUAGAUAAGCAUUAGCCUGGGGGUCUUAGUUCAAAGUGACUUUUAGAUAAGCAUUAGCCUGGGGGUCUUAGUUCAAAAUGACUUUUAGAUAAACAUUAGCCUGGUGUCUUAGAUCAAAGUGACUUUUAGAUAAACAUUAGCCUGGGGUCUUAGUUCAAAGUGGCUUUUAGAUAAACAUUAGCCUGGUGUCUUAGAUCAAAGUGACUUUUAGAUAAACAUUAGCCUGGUGUCUUAGUUCAAAGUGACUUUUAGAUAAGCAUUAGCGUGGGGUCUUAGUUCAAAGUGACUUUUAGAUAAGCAUUAGCUUGGGGGUCUUAGUUCAAAGUAACUUUUAGAUAAGCAUUAGCCUGGGGGUCUUAGUUCAAAGUGAAUUUUAGAUAAACAUUAGCCUGGGGGUCUUAGUUCAAAGUGACUUUUAGAUAAACAUUAGCCUGGGGUCUUAGUUCAAAGUGGCUUUUAGAUAAACAUUAGCCUGGUGUCUUAGAUCAAAGUGACUUUUAGAUAAACAUUAGCCUGGGGGUCUUAGUUCAAAGUGGCUUUUAGAUAAACAUUAGCCUGGUGUCUUAGAUCAAAGUGACUUUUAGAUAAACAUCGGAAAAAAAGAUGUAGGUGAAGACAUCUUAUAAACAUCGGGAUGUCAGCGAAGACACAAGUGGCUUGUAGGUAAACAUCAGCAUGCACGUGAAGACAUAUGGCUUAUAGAUAAACAUUUAAUCCAGUAACUGAAUUAUAAAGUUAUUAAGUUGCCUGUAAGUAUAGAUAUUUGUGUGUUUGAUAGCCAGUGUGAUUCGAUUAACAACUGAAAGAUUACAACGGCAGUAGAUUUAAAAAAAGAAUUAUUUAAAAAAAAAAUGUUUCUACAAAUAUCUACAGCGGGAUAAAUGUGUUUAAAUUUGAUUUAAUGUGUUUAAAUUUGAUUUAAUGUGUUUAAAUUUGAUAAAGUUAAUCAAGCUAACUUCAACGAGUGACUCGCAUAUUAACACGCGACUCCAACAACACAAUGACUUCACCUCACUGUGAGAUAGACAUCAUUUGUAAUGUGGCCCCCAUAUUACGCGCCAUCAGGUUUUUAAAAAAAAAUAUAAAGAAAUAAUUAAAUGUGUAGCACCAUAUUGUGUAUUUUUAAAGCACAGCUAGCGCGCCGAGAUUCGGCAUUCCUGGUUAGUCAGUGCGCCCAAAGUCUACUGCCACGUUCGUUAUUCCAAUGUUUCACCGACGUGCUAACAUGGCCUAUCGCAUGUCUUUUCAAAGGCAUUGAUCCAAGCUAUCGAUAUAGGCUUUUAUGUUUUCGAACGUUUAUUAGGGAAAGUGGUAAAUCCGCUCCGUUCUUGUAACGGCGCGAUUGGUGCCAUCAGCUACAUACCCGUAAGGAGAUCUUUAGUGUGCAAAUAGCAAAUGAUUGGGGUAUAAAAACUAAGCGGGACUAUAACGUUGCGGUGAAUUACACUGCUUUCAAAAUUCAUUGUAGGUUAUAUUGAAUUGUGGAUGGACUUCUAAGGUGCAUGCAAUUCUAAUGUGCAUACACUACUAAGCUGCAUACAGUGCUAAGGUGCACACAAUUCUAAUGUACAAACAAUGCUAAUGUACACACAAUUCUCAUGCGCAUACAAUUCUAAGGUGCAUACAAUUCUAAGGUGCAUACAAUUCUAAGGUGCAUGCAAUUCUAAGGUGCAUAAAUUCUAAGGUGCAUACAAUUCUAAGGUGCAUACAAUUCUAAGGUGCAUGCAAUUCUAAGGUGCAUGCAAUUCUAAGGUGCAUACAAUUCUAAUGUGCAUAUACAAUGCUAAUGUGCAUACAAUUCUAAUGUGCAUAUUUAAUUUUACACUUUGUGAAAAUAGACCUUUAUAUUAACAACCAACACGCCAACUCACAAACACGCCUCUGAGGAGACAAACACGCCUCUGAGGCGACAAACACGCAUCUCAGGAGACAAACAUGGCUCUCAGGAGACUAACACGCCUCUGAGGCGACAAACACGCAUCUCAGGAGACAAACACGGCUCUCAGGAGACUAACACGCCUCUCAGGAGACAAACACGGCUCUCAGGAGACAAACACGGCUCUCAGGAGACAAACACGGCUCUCAUGAAAUAAACACGCCACUCUAGCAUCCGUCAUAUCCUCCUUGUACAAAAUAGAGCUAUCAUCUCUCUGGACUCCGUUUGCCUCCUGUCGGGCGGGGGCGAGAUGUGGGGGCAGGGGGAGGGGGCUGUCAUAUUGUGAAAACAAAAGGGAAUUUGCAAUAGAGAGAUUGGGCAUUAGGAUGUUAUCCAUAUGAAAAAGGUUACAUUUGAGUUGCAUCCAUUUCCCCAUCUAAGCACUCACUCACACACACACACUCAAACGUACGCACACUUACACGCACACACACACUCACACACGCUCUUAAAGUUUUUUUUGGUAAUUAUAAUUUAGCAAAUUUUAGACUUGUACUGGCCGUUGACGACACAGCAUAUUUUAGACUUUUAAGUCAUUGACUGUCUGUGGGUCAAACUGUUUAUAUGUAAUGCUGCUAUACUUGCUGUUUAUACUGGUGUUCUUGCUGUUUCAUCGAUGCCAUGUCUAGACUUGUGCCUGUUCUUUUUGUCAUAACCCCCCCCCCUUUCCCGGAAUGUCUCUAGCUUUUGGCGCUGCUACCUUGCUGUUUCCCGUGCUGAGGACAUUAAUGCACCUGUGUUAUGCUGCACAUGCUGUUGUCGGCACUGAGGACAUUGAUGCACCUGUGUUAUGCUGCACAUGCUGUUGUCGGCACUGAGGACAUUAAUGCACCUGUGUUAUGUUGCACAUGCUGUUGUCGGCACUGAGGACAUUAAUGCACCUGUGUUAUGUUGCACAUGCUGUUGUCGGUACUGUCUGCAUGUCAUGUAUUCUUAUUUUGCCGUGCUGUUUUUUUUUGGUUGUUUCUUUCAACAUGUCUCACCAGGCCUGUGCGAAGCUUGCCUCAGUUAUGAAUGGCAGAGUUAACGGUAACGUCUCCUUCUCCCCCCCCCCCCCCCCCUCGCAUGUUCACAAAUUUUUUUUUCUGUUUAAAAUUUGAAAUCAUAAACAUAAAAUAGAACCUUUAUAUAACUCACUCAAAUUAAAGAGCACGUCAACACAUUUAGCAGUUUUAUUAUUUUUUGUGUGUGUGUGUAACUAACAUAACUUACUAAAGUGUUAAGAAAUUAAAGAUCAGUUAGACGGCUUGUUUAUCGAAAAGGGUUGCAAAGUGUUUCGUUAAAAUUUGUGCAUUCAUCUACACCAGCGUUUCCCAAACUUUUAAGUUUCACGGACCGGUGGACACGUUUCGAAACUGCACCCAGGGAACCGGUGCCAGAUUUAUUAAUCACAUAUCCUUUCUAUUUAAACAUCAAUAUUCAUGCUCUCUGGACCGGUAACGUAAGGCUUGCGGACCGGUGCCGGUCCACUGACCACCGUUUGGGGAACGCUGAUCUACACCAAGGCAUCCAAUCUGUAUUUUUUAUUUAAAAAAAAAAAAAAAAAAAAUUUAAUGUUUCUGUUAAUAAACUUCGCCAAGAACCGCAAGGGACUUUUUGGUUUGGUGGAGGAAGAGUUUUCAAAUGAUCCGGCCAUUCUAUUUGGCUAACAAAUGAUGCACAUCCUAAGUGUUAUAAAUUCUUGCAUAUCUAUCACAUGUUCGUAGCUUUCGACAUCUAGAUUUUUAGGUUUUUAUUUUUAAAUAUCUAUUCUAAAAUGAAUCUUGUUGCUCAUGGCUGACAGCUCCAACGGGCGAGGUCAGGGCCAAGGCCGUAGCCUCCACACCAGAAUGUCGGGAGUGUUCUUCCACCGGGGGAUCUCCCGACUUCGCUCAGAGGAACUUCUUCUGCAAGAAGGCGGCGACGGGAGCUUCCUUGUCCGUGACAGCGAGUCGGUGGUGGGAGCCUACGUGCUGUGCCUGUUGUAAGUUGUAGUCGGUGGUGGGAGCCUACGUGCUGUGCCUGUUGUAAGUUGUAGUCGGUGGUGGGAGCCUACGUGCUGUGCCUGUUGUAAGUUGUAGUCGGUGGUGGGAGCCUACGUGCUGUGCCUGUUGUAAGUUUUGGGAGCCUACGUGAUGUGCCUGUUGUAAGUUGUAGUCGGUGGUGGGAGCCUAUGUGCUCUGCCUGGUGUAAGUUGUAGUCGAUGGUGGGAGCCUAUGUGCUGUGCCUGUUGUAAGUUGUAGUCGGUGGUGGGAGCCUACGUGCUGUGCCUGUUGUAAGUUGGUCGGUGGUGGAGCCUAUGUGCUGUGCCUGUUGUAAGUUGUAGUCGGUGGUGGGAGCCUACGUGCUGUGCCUGUUGUAAGUUGGUCGGUGGUGGAGCCUACGUGCUGUGCCUGUUGUAAGUUGUUGUUGGUGGUGGGAGCCUACGUGAUGUGGCUUUUAGCUGUAGUUAGUGGUGUAGGGGUGGGUCUCUGUGCUGUCUGAUGUAAGUUGCAGUGAAUCGUCGGAUGUCUCGGUCCUGUGGCUGGGGUAAGUUGUAGUGAAUGGUGGGGUGUGAAUGGCGCUGUGUCUAUUUUAAGUUUUAGUGAGUUGUGGGGAGUCUACUUGCUGUCUAUGCUGUAAGUUGUAGCGAGUGAUAGAGGGUCUACUGGCUGUGUAUGUUGUGAGCUGUAAUCAGUGGUGGAGGUCCACUCGUCGUGUCUUAACUCUAAUAUGUAUUUAUUUAUUUGACAGAUUUCAGAACAGAGUUCACCAGUAUAGAAUUUUACCUGACAAGGAUGGCAGAAUCUCAGUACAGGUAAGUCUUGGUUGUCGGGUGUGUUGUAGUCACACAGUCAAGUGUAUCUAUCUUUAUUUUAAAAAAAUUGAGGUCAAUCAGUGCUUCCCAAACUUGUUAAACAUUUUACUGCUCCAAUUACACUUACUCUAAUGGUUCUCAAAUCCUGUGACAACAACAACAUCAUUCCUUGGUUGGCUCUGACAGAAGUCUGGAAAAGCUACCUUUCCCCAUUUAUUAAAAUGAACUGUAUUUGAAGUGGGUCUUACACCUUGAAUUAGCUGGUGCCAUCUUUGCCCUGGCUGAGUUUUUAUUUGACCACUCUGACCCUGGCUAAGAAUGUAGAUCACUAAGAAAGAAAUUGAUAGGCUUGUGGACGUGUGGUGUUGUUUUGUCUCCCUUUGGUCUGUCUUGUUAACCAUGGACCAAUAAUUGCCCCUUUUUUUAUUGACCUCCCCUUAGUCUGAGGGCGACAUGCAGCCUCCAAGCUACAAUGAUCUGCCGAGUCUGAUUACAUCUUACAUCAGCAAGGGAGAGAAGAAUGGACUCGUCUGUGCCCUCAAGAAGCCCAUUUCUCCAGAGGGAGCUGAGGUGCCGGAGGGUGAUUCCGGUAACUCUUGGGAGACUUUUGGAAUUUGGGUCUGGAGGAGGUUCUCUGGGGAGACGUUUAAGGGAAGAGCCUAGAAGUCUGGCCCAGGGUUUUCAAGGAGGCAUUUGAGAAAAGGGUCAUUUGAGAAAUUUUAUAUCAAGAUGAAGAUGAAUUAGAUCUUAACCGUUUAUUAUUUUUUAAAAGUUAAAACGUUUUUUUUUCUUUUUAAAAAGGGUUAACCAGGUAGAGUGACAAGGCAAUAGCCCCCCUCUCCCCCCACCCCCUUAUCUAAAAAAGUACAUGUUUGGAAGAGACUAGUUUGAUUUUCCAGGACUUACUGUACUUAAUAUUUGUGCUGUCAGCCAAUUCCAUUUUUUGGAGCUGCUUUGAUCUGUGUGGUGGCAACUGACCGCUGCUUUGAUCUGUGUGGUGGCAACUGACUGCUGCUUUGAUCUGUAUGGUGGCAAAUGACCGCUGGUUUGAUCUGUGUGGUGGCAACUGACCGCUGCUUGCUUUUUUUGUCCUUCUCAGAGGAUGAUGACUUUGACGAUCCCAAGCACACGCCAGAUUCAGACGAGAGGAAUGCAUCGAAACCAUUCAAGUUUGGCUUUCUCAGCAACUUUUCUAGGCUGGAUCUGUCAAGGUGAAUUUCACUCUGAUCCUCUCUCAUUUAUGUUUACAUUAUCUCCAGUGAAACCAGCAGGAAAAGGGAUGGGAUGUCCAGUUUUUAUCCCUCUCAUGAUAAUGUAGCCAAUUUUUAAAAAAAUCUCCCACCAAGCUGUCCUGCAGACUUCAGUGGUAUUGAUUUCAACAGGGGCAUUACCUCCCCCCUUGUAUGUGGGGCUGCCUUGCUGGGGGGUGGAAAAUCCAUUUAACAUGGCUGUUUGCUCUUCUGUUUAUUGCUAGCUGUUACCUCCCCUUGUAAGCAGGGCUGCCUUGCUGGGGGGUGGUAAAUCCAUUUAACAUGGCUGUUUGCUCCACUGUUUAUUGCUAGCUGUUACCUCCCCUUGUAAGCAGGGCUGCCUUGCUGGGGGGUGGUAAAUCCAUUUUUCAUCAGAGACCUUACAAAAAUUUCUUAGGCCUACUUUCUUAUACAGGAAAAACAUUUUUUUUAAAAAUAUAUCAUGUAGCUUAUAAUUUAAAUAUGACCUGUCUCGAUCAUUCAUCUUGACUAUAUGUUGCUGAGAUUAUAGUUUGGUGAUCUGUCAUGUUUCAGCUGUGACGGUGAAUUUGUUGACGCCAUGAAGGCCUACGUUGACGAAGGGCUUGAGAAGGAUGCCAAGAACUUCGGCGCUGAAGGAGGAAGGUACCCCAUGCCAGAGUUCCAGAAACUUUUAGCCACUGCAGGGAAGGGCUUGCAGAGGUCAGUUGCUACGGUUACCGAGACACAUUUGUUUCCAUGGUCGGAGUCACUUAGAUCACUGGCAUUUAGUUUAAUAAUUCAAGCCUAUGUUUCAUAGCUGGGAAUAGCUGAUAAAUGUUAUACAUCCAUCGGUUUGGGAAAAGUUUAUCAUGAUGGUCGGACCUUUCAUCAGUCAUACACAUCAUAUCACUAAUACAUUUGAAAUUUCAUUAUUCAUACAAUUGCACAUCAUAUCACUUGUACAUUUGAUAUUUUAUCAUUCAUACAAUUACACAUCAUAUCACUAAUACCUCUGAUAUUUUAUCAGUUCUAUCUCAUAAAAGGUUUUCAUAGUGUCACUCAUUCAUUUUAUGUUGCAUCACUUGAAUCACCUAUUUUGUUGUAUGUUGUAUUCCCCAUGAUAUUGUAUGUUUUAUCACCCAUUCCAAUGAAUGUUGUAUCACCCAUUACAAUGAAUGUUGUAUCACCCAUUCCAAUGAAAGGUGUAUCACUCUUAUUGUAUCUAGUAUUACCCAUACAUUUGUAUGUUGUAUCAUUCAUACCCUUGUGUGUUGCAUUACCCAUACCAUUGUAUGUUAUCUCAGACAUACUGUUGUAUUUCUCAUGACAUGUGUCAUCUAAACACAGAGAGCUGGAUGUUUUCCUGCUGAAGCUCUCCAUGUGUCACGACAUGUUGUGUCAGGAGGAAGAUGACCGGAGGAGGACAGUCACCUCCAACCCCAUGGACAGGGUGAGUACACAGGCAGACAUACACAAGUGUACUGAGCACAUUGGACAGACAUACAGUGCACUGAGUACAUUGUUAGACUUAGAACUUAAGAGUACUGAGUACAUGUACAUACAUGCAUUAAUGUACUAAGUACAGUGACAGACAGAACAGUGUACUGAGUACACUAAUAUACAUUGUACAUUAACAUACUUUCCCAGAGAAAUGAGUACAUAGACAUACAUUCAUCAGUAUACUGAGUACAUUAGAGACAUACACCAGUGCACUGAGUACAUAGACAUACACAAAUGCACUGAGGAAUAUUGAUAGCCAUAUGCCAGUGCACGAGAACAUUGACACACAUACACUAGUUUAUUGACACACAUACACUAGUUUAUUGACACACAUACACUAGUUUAUUGACACACACACACUAGUUUAUUGACACACAUACACUAGUUUAUUGACACACAUACACUAGUUUAUUGACACACAUACACUAGUUUAUUGACACACAUACACUAGUUUAUUGACACACAUACACUAGUUUAUUGAAACACAUACACUAGUUUAUUGACACACAUACACUAGUUUAUUGACACACAUACACUAGUUUAUUGACACACAUACACUAGUUUAUUGACACACAUACACUAGUUUAUAGAAAAUAUUCAAAUUCUUAGAUUAAUUUACAUUGUAAAACCAAAAUCACUGGCUACCAGUUUGCUGACCUCGGAAUAGCUAGCCCACCAGUUAGCUAACCUAGGUUUAGCAAAUACACCAGUUAGCUAACCUAGGAUUAGUAUGUCCACCAGUUAGCUAACCUAGGAUUAGCAAACCAACCAGUUAGCUAACCUAGGAUUAGCAAGCCCACCAGUUAGCUAACCUAGGAUUAGCAAGCCCACCAGUGAGCUAACCUAGGAUUAACAGGCCCACCAGUUAACUAACCUAGGAUUAACAAGCCCACCAGUUAGCUAACCUGGGAUUAGUAAGCCCACCAGUUAGCUAACCUGGAAUUAGCAAGCCCACCAGUUAGCUAACCUAGGAUUAGCAGGCCCAGCAUUUGAUACAUUAUUUAAUGCAUUGAUGUCUGUCCAUUAGAUGUAUAUUUCAUUCCAUAUGAUAAAUAGUAAGAUCUAGGAUGCUCCGUCUGAUCAGUUGUUUCUAUUCUCUGCACAGCUUGGUUCUUACAUUGACUACCUGGCAUCCAAACUUGAGACUUGCCGGGCACAGGUGAUAGCACUGGAGAAAAAGGUGAUGAUUUUGAAUUUUGUUGAAUAAUUAUAUCUCAAGGAAUAAUGGUGUAUCAACUUUCUGUGUCCGCCUUCUGUUACUUCUCACUGGCAUACACGUUUGUGAAAAUAAGUACCAAAAAAACAUAUAAUUUGAAUUUAAGAACAACCUAUGUUAAAAUAAGUUCAUUAAUUAUUAUUGUUCCAGCUAGAAUCUAAAAUUUAACAACCAAUGUUAAAACAAGUUCAUUAAUUGUCCCUGCUAGAAUCUAAGCAUAUUUUGAAUUUAAAAACAGCCGAUGUCACACAAAGUUCAUGAAUUGUUCAAGCUAGAAACUAUUCAUUUCAAUCUCAAGUGUUUCCAAGCAAAUUUACAACAAAAAAUUACAAAAAAAAAUUAAUACAAACUCAAAGUACAAUGUUUAAUGUUCAGAGGUCGAAUGGAGUAUUAACUUUAAAAAAAAAUUAAUUAAAAAUGAAAUCUUAUAAGAUAGGAAGAUGUUCUUGACAAGGAAGUUUAAAAAAUUUUUUUGAAUUGCACUCAAAGUACAAGUCAGUCAAUUAAAGGAAACUGAAUUUUCUUUAACUCGCCACUACUUGAACUAUUUUAAAAUUAUUGAUUUUUUUUUUUUAAGAGGGGUGCUAAGACGAGAGGAGAAGUAUAUUUUAAUUGGUUAAAGGGGUCACAAUGGAAAAUUUGCAGAAGUGGGUCGGGUUGAAAAAUUGGAGAUUUCCUAGAGUAACCCAGUUUGUCAUGUGUAGCCGAAAGAAAGAUAACUUGAAGUGUAUAAAAAAUCAAGUACUGAGACAGUUAUAAUAUUUGUUGAGAAUUGAUGGAAAUGUUCUUCAGGGUUUAUGAAAAUAAGGAGACAUGUUAGACAAGUGAAUGCUCAGGCAAAGUUGAGGUUGUUCUCAUUGGAAUCUCAGCGGAAGGAUGACAUGUUAGACAAGUGAAUGCUCAGGCAAAGUUGAGGUUGUUCUCAUUGGAAUCUCAGCGGAAGGAUGACAUGUUAGACAAGUGAAUGCUCAGGCAAAGUUGAGGUUGUUCUCAUUGGAAUCUCAGCGGAAGGAUUACAUGUUAGACAAGUGAAUGCUCAGGCAAAGUUGAGGUUUUCUCAUUGGAAUCUCAGCGGAAGGAUGACAUGUUAGACAAGUGAAUGCUCAGGCAAAGUUGAGGUUGUUCUCAUUGGAAUCUCAGCGGAAGGAUAUGCUGAUAAAGUGUUAAAAGCAGGCUAUGCAAAUUAAACAUCGCUAGUAGGAUAUGUUCAUUAAACAUCACAAGUAGGAAAUGUUUAUGAAACAUCCCAAGUAGGAUAUGUUCAUUAUAUGUUGCGAGUAAAAUAUGUUCAUUAAACAUCAAAAGUAGGAUAUGUUCAUUAAACAUCACAAGUAGGAAAUGUUCAUUAAACAUCACAAGUAGGAAAUGUUCAUUAAACAUCACAAGUAGCAAAUGUUCAUUAAAUAUCACAAGUAGGAAAUGUUCAUUAAACAUCACAAGUAGGAAAUGUUCAUUAAACAUCACAAGUAGGAAAUGUUCAUUAAACAUCACAAGUAGCAAAUGUUCAUUAAACAUCACAAGUAGGAAAUGUUCAUUAAACAUCACAAGUAGGAAAUGUUAUUUAAACAUCACAAGUAGGAAAUGUUCAUUAAAUAUCACAAGUAGCAAAUGUUCAAUAAACAUCACAAGUAGCAAAUGUUCAUUAAACAUCACAAGUAGCAAAUGUUCAAUAAACAUCACAAGUAGCAAAUGUUCAUUAAACAUCACAAGUAGCAAAUGUUCAUUAAACAUCACAAGUAGGAAAUGUUCAUUAAACAUCACAAGUAGGAAAUGUUAUUUAAACAUCACAAGUAGGAAAUGUUAUUUAAACAUCACAAGUAGGAAAUGUUCAUUAAACAUCACAAGUAGCAAAUGUUCAAUAAACAUCACAAGUAGCAAAUGUUCAUUAAACAUCACAAGUAGGAAAUGUUCAUUAAACAUCACAAGUAGCAAAUGUUCAAUAAACAUCACAAGUAGGAAAUGUUCAUUAAACAUCACAAGUAGCAUAUGUUCAUUAAAUGUCACAGGUAGGAUAAGUCAGUUAAAUGCUGUAAAUGUUGGCUGUAUGUUGAUGGCUCAUGUGAGUUCAAACUGUUCUGAUAGUGGAAAUAAAAUAGUCUUUCAAAACUUAACGAUGCAAUGGACAAUACAGAAUAAAGUUAGAUAUUAGGUGAUGAAGCUUGCACUCAUUUUAUUUGAUAAUAGAGACUCGUGUGCAUAUUCAGCCAGCGUAAGUGUGUGGGAGGGGGGGGGGGGAGCGAGCAGCCCAAAACUUGUGCUUCACAUAUUAAAAAAAUUUAAGCACAUUUAUUAUAAAAAAAAAAGGGAGCAGUAGAUGCGUCUAGAAUUCUGGGUUGCAUGGCAUGAGUGUGUUUAACAAUGGCAGAUUAGCUCGGCUGAAGUUGAGCAAACAUCCCUAGUGUGAAAACUACAACAGAUUUGGUAAGGAUAGCGGGGACAACAACAAAAAAACCCAACAAAUUAUUGGUUGUGUCUUUGGUCAGUACGCAUCACACAAUGACAAACCUUAUUGACAAGCUAUACAAAUGUUGCUGUGGAUUUGCUCACCAAGGCCCAGAGAUGUGAAAAGCAGUAACAUAAAAAUUGUCUUAAUUUGGAACUGUGAAUGGUUCCCCCUCCUCAACACGACACCUCCUUUCCAAACUGAUGUCAUGUCGCUCAGAAUCGGCAACCGCCGGUGGUCGUUAAAAUACCCCCGCUAAUGAAUGCAAGCAGAUUUCACCACUCCAUUCAUUUGUCAAUGUUGAACUGUUGUGAUAGUGGCCAAUACUAGUAAGAUAGAAGGAGUGAAGUCUGCUGUGUUGAACUGUUGUGACAGUGGCCAAUACUAGUAAGACAGAAGGAGUGAAGUCUGCUGUGUUGAACUGAAUGUUUAAUCUGCAACUCCUGACCAACAUGGUAAGUGGCGUGCGACACACGGAAAUAUUCUGGGAGAUUAUUGAGUAGUUUUGGCCUAUGCAAAUUCACUUCUGUUUUCAUAGUUGAUGUGAGGUUUUAAUGUUAUAAAUAUUUUUAUUUUUUUUAAAUCAUGGGAAGAAGGGUUAAGAUUUGUUUGUACCAAAAGCCUUGAACUUGAUCUAUACUUGAAAAUAACAUUUUAUUGAAAACCCCAUCCUUUACAUUAAAAAUGAGAACCCCCUCUCUCUUUCUAUCAUUCAUUCUCUUCUUCCCCAUAAAGGCAUAGACCUGAAUUUUGGCACAGUUCUUCCUUAGAUAACACUGGGAAAAUGAAAGCUAUGGGGGAUUUUGAUACCCAAGAGGCUGUAUACUAUUUCUUUUAAUCCUAUCCCCUUAAAGGCCCAAGAGACUCUAGUACUAUUUGUUUUAAUCCUAUCACCUUACAGGCCCGAGAGACUCUAGUACCAUUAGUUUUAUUCCUACUUCCUAUCACCUUACAGGCCCAAGAGACUCAGUACUAUUAGUUUUAUUCCUACUUCCUAUCACCUUACAGGCCAAAGAGAUUAGUUUUAUUCCUACUUCCUAUCACCUUACAGGCCCAAGAGGUUGUGAAAGACAACACAGAGAAUCCACCUGAUGAGUACAACUACCCUGAUGUCACUGAUGCAGUGUCCCUGAGGGUGCCACACCAGUUUGUUCCCCUGGCGCUGAGACGUCACAGCAGCAUAAGCAUCCCUCUGUCUACUUUUGAGGUGAUUCAUAAGGGUGGGAGAUAUUCAGCUCGUUAUAUGCACAAAAAAACACGUAGAAUACUUAAAUUUGAAAAAUUUGAAAACAAGGCUCUGAGUUUAAAACAGUCCGUCUCAAUGUGACGAUGUAGUGGGUUUUCACUGGGUGAAAGCAUGAGACCCGUGAUUAUUUCAAAUGAAAAUAAGUGGGCUAUCUUUAAACAGGACCACCCACCCCCACUCCAUCCACACUUAUUUUUAUCCUAAGCCAACAAGUGGAUGAUACAGCUUGGCACCAGGGGCUUUAGAAACAUUAGAGUGUCACUAACUUGUAAAAUGUCGCAGCUCUCAUAAUGUCUUAAUUGACACAGCUCUUAUAUUGCCUUAAUUGGCGCAGCUCUCAUAUUGUCUUAAUUGGCACAGCUCUCAUAUUGUCUUAAUUGGUACAGCUCCCGUAAUGACUUAAUUGACACAGCUCUUAUAUUGUCUUAUUGGCACAGCUCUCAUAUUGUCUUAUGUGGCAUAGCUCUCAUAUUUUCUUAAUUGGCGCUGUUCUCAUAUUGUCUUAACUGGCACAGUUGUCUUUAUGUUUACUGGUGCAGUUCUCAUAUUGUCUUAAUUGGCGCAGUUGUCAUAUUAUUUUUACCGGCACAGUUCUCAUAUUGUCUUAACUGGCGCAGUUCUCAUAUUGUCUUAACUGGCGCAGUUCUCAUAUUGCCUUAAUUGGUGCAGCUCUCAUAUUGUCUUCACUGGCACAGUUCUUAUAUUGUCUUAAUUGGCACAGUUCUCAUAUUGUAUUUACUGAUUCUGUUCUGAUAUUUUCUUAAUUUGCGCAGUUCUCAUAUUGUCUUAAUUGGCCCAUUUCAUUUAAAUUGUCUUAAUUGGCGCAGCUCUCAUAUUGUCUUAAUUGGCCCAGCUCUCCUAUUGUCUUUAUUAGUGCAGCUCUUAUAUUGUCUAAAUUGGUGCAGUUCUUAUAUUAUCUUAAAUUGGCACAGUUCAUAUAUUGUCUUCACUGGCACAGCUCUUAUAUUGUCUUAAUUUGCACAGUUCUUAUAUUGUUUUAAUUGGCACACUUCUCAUAUUGCCGUAAUUGGCACAGUUCUCAUAUUGUCUUAAUUGGCACAGUUCUCAUAUUGUCUUAAUCGGUGCAUCCCUCAUGUUUUCUUAAUUUGUAUAGUUCUUAUAUUUUCUUGAUUAAAGCAGUUCUCAUAUUUUCUUAAUUGGUGCAGUUCUUAUAUUGUCUUGAUUGGCACAGUUCUCGUAUUGUGUUAUUGGUGCAUCUCUUAUAUUGUCUCAAUUUGUGCAGUUUUCAUAUUGUCUUUACUGGCGCAGUUCUCAUAAUGUCUUAAUUCAUGCAGUUCUCAAAUGGUCUUAAUUGGCACAGUUCUCAUAUUGUCUUAAAUGGCAUAUUUCUCAUAUUGUCUUAAUUGGCACAGUUCUCAUAUUGUGUUAAUUUGCACAGUUCUCAUAUUGUCUUAAUUGGCACAGCCCUCAUGUAGUCUUAGUUGGCACAGUUCUCAUAUUGUCUUUACUGGCGAAAUUCUCAUAAUGUUUUAACUGGCGCAGUUGUCAUAUUGUCUUAUUUGUUGUAGCUCUCAUAUUGUCUUAAUUGGCACAGUUUUCAUAUUGUCUUAAUUGUUGUAGCUCUCAUAUUGUCUUUAUUGGUGCAGAUCUUAUAUUGUCCUUAUUGGUGCAGAUCUUAUAAUGCAGGCCUGCACAACAUACUUCCCGCGGAAUACAUGCGGCCUACCAGCAACCAUUUAGUGGCCUCCGAGUAACGAAAUAAUAUUCGUAAUAUUUUCUUAAUAUUUUUCCCCCUGGGCUAUUUUCUUUUGGUCCGCACACAUUUUUUCAUAAAGUAUUACGUACUGCCUUACAUUUUGAGUUGUGCAGGCCUGUUAUAAUGUCUUAAUUAGCACAGCUCUCAUAGUGUCUUAAUUGGUGCAGCUCUCAUAUUGUCUUUAUUGGUGCAGCUCUUAUAUUGUCUUAAUUGGCACAGCUUUUAAAUUGUCUUAGUUGGUGCAGGUCUUAUAUUGGCACAACUUUCAUUGUCUUAAUUGUCAUAGCUCUUUUAUUGUCUUAAUUGGGGCAGCUCUUAUAUUGUCUUAAUUGGGGAGCUCUUAUAUUUUCUUCAUUGGCGCAACUCUCAGAAUCUCCUGGUAUAUUUCCAGGUGAAAGUAUUAAAGUAUGGUAAGGCCAACUACAAACUCAAGUUAACAGUGGAUAUUCACCAAGGAAGAUUCUUUGCAGUCAAGCCUUCAAAGGAACAACUGGAUGCAAGCAAUACUUUCCCUCAUGAUAAAAGUAGGUCACUGAUUGUUCUCAUGAUAUAAGUAGGACAUGGAUUGUAGAAGCAGGUCACUACUCCCUCAUUGUAGUAGUAGGUCAUUGACCUCAUGUCAGCACUAGAUCACAUUACCUCAUGUUAAAAUUGUACCACAUUCCUUUAAGAUGAAAGUAGGACACUACUGUAUAUAUUUGUACUUACUAAUUACCCCACAAGGUGUAAACACCUCAUAAAUCAUUGUGGCAUUUUUAUUCUUCAUUUCAGUGUUUUCAUUAUUUCUAUCUCAUAAGAUAUCUUCUAUACUACUUAAUGAAAGUCUGCACUAUUAUGUACAAGUAUCGAAUUGAAAUGAUAAAAUAUACCUGGUAGAUUAGAAUAGUAGGUAAAUCUAAAAUAUAUUUUCACAUCAGGAUAUAAUUUCUUUUGCGACAGCUUAGAUUUAAAAACAGCUGCAUAAGUUUGAACAAAAGAUAUAUAUUGAGUAUUGGACAGGAUAAACAACAUGCUUGAGAAUUUCUGUGGAUGUUAUUCCCAUGACUUGUCUCAAUCAUCUGUUCCCAGUCGCCCAGCUGGUCAAAAAUACAACAGACAACAGCCGACUGCAUGUGAUCUUCAGCAACAAGAAGAAGUACACUUACCAGUUUGCCAGUGUGCUGGAGAGGGAGAAUUUUUGUCUCCAGAUCCGGCAGAUGAAGUCCCUUCACUCGCAGGAACAGGAUGUGGACAAUGUCUCGAUAUUCAUUGGAACUUGGAACAUGGGUAAAUGAAGAGGGCUUGUUUUAAUUGCAGUUUUGAGAAAGUUUUUGCAUGUUCCGUUCCGUGGUUGCUAUGGCAUCAACCCCUUAACCCCCCCCCCCCAACCACCACCACCACCACCCACCACCACCACCCCAACCACCCACCACCACCACCCACCACCACCCACCACCACCACCACCACCACCCACCACCACAGAUGAGCAACAACUAAACCCAACUAGACAACUAUUUUUUUAUUAACAAAUCUUCAGGUAAUGCAACAAUGCAGUAAUAUAUUGCAAACAGUUUUUAAUCUUUUAAUACCUUCUCAAUAAUGUUUUUUUCCCAAUAAUUUUUGUUUAAGGGAUUAGCAGAGUUUUCAUGUACCUAACUUGACAAUUCAACAUUUGAGAAAAAAAGUAUUUCAUGGUGUGAUUAAAAGGGUUUAUUCUCUUAUGUAUCCACUACACAGAGCGAACAAAAUUUCAAUAAAACUUUUUAGUAUUUAUCUUUGAUAACUAUUUGUUAGGCUGUCUUUUGGGAUAAGGCAGAUUUUUAAAAUUAAAUUGGUGAAAAGCUUUUUAUUGCCAUUUGCUCUGUCUGUUCAAGGGUUGACUUUCAAGAUCAUCAAUCAGGACCUUCCAUUUUUUUUUUCUCAGGCAAGUCGGCCCCCGUCGAGUCCCUCAAAUUCUGGCUCAAGUGCAACGGAGAGGGCAAGAAUAAAGAUCGGACCCUGAGCCGUUUGCCGCAUGACAUUUAUGUUAUUGGAACUCAGGAGAGCGGGAUGACUGAGAAGGAUUGGAUCAACACGCUGAAGGCCGCCCUCAAAGCCGCGCUCAACCUGGAUGUCGAUCUGGUAUGAGUUUUGGUCACCUCGUUUUCAAUUGAGCUGUUCCGUAAAGUUCCAUUGGUAACCACUCUCCAUGGCACCGAUUCUCAUUUUUUGUCUCCCCUUGUCUAUGUUCUGUGUCCACUCUUAAAGAGACAAGUGGGGGUUGACAGUGCUAUCAUUCAUUGAAUCCAAACACCCCAACACAUUUCCCAAGAUGGGUUGACCAUUAACUCUAGACAAGUCAAACAUCGUCUCAUUUUACGUUAAAUACUUCCAAAAACGUUUACAAAACAAAAAGGGGGGUGGGGUGGGGGGGAGGGAGAUAAUACUUUUCUGUUCAGAUAUAAUUUUAUUGUACAAAUUAAAAAAAUUUCAGCAUUUUAAAAAAAAAUGUUGGCUUUAAGCGCACAGUUUUAAACUUAAAUGUUUCAUAAUAUUUUUUUUUAACAAAUUCUAAUUUUUAAAACAUCAUUUUCACAAAAUUUAUAACAAAUAAACCAAUUAUUUCGGUCCCCCUUUGAAUGGUUGAUCACAGCUAAACCUUGGACGCCUGUGACUUUUCUUAAUCCUCUGGCAAAAUAAUUUUGUAAUGCUGAAAAAGCUCCAAAAAAAAUAAAUCAGAUAACUUAUGUGCCUUUUGGCUAAGAUCAAGAUGUAGUGUCUGUUCUUAUCCCGUUGGGUUACAAACCCGUGGGAGAAAUUUGAUAUCUCCCUCAGUUUUCUGGGGGAACACUUAAUAAAUAAAAAAUAAAAACAAUGUUGGUAAUGCAGAGUGGAAACAUUUAAAAGUUUUAUUUUGUUGUCUCCUCUUGCAGCUGGAGUCGUGUUCCUUGUGGGGCCUCAGAACUCUGGUGUUUAUCAAUCCUAAACACAGGAACAAGAUUAGCCACAUUCAGAAGUCUUCUGUCAGAACUGGGAUCGCCAACGCCCUGGGUAUGAGACCUUAUUUAUUGGUUAUUCGUUUUUUUGGAGGGUUUUUUUUUGUUGCUGAUCUAUUGCUGUGAUUGGUUUGUAGACAGGUUUUCCCUGCAGUUUGGAAUAAUUAUCAUCCAGUGUUUAUUUUAGCAAUGGCUCGCUGUUAAAGGCAGAUACAACAUGGUCUUGAUAUGGCUUGUGCCACCAUGUUACCUAGACUGCAGAUGAUUGACUGAAGAUGAUAAGAUAGUUCAUCUUUGUGGCCAAUAGCGUGCUGUCUAAGAAGAUGAUAAGAUAGUUCAUCUUUGUGGCCAAUAGCGUGCUGUCUAAGAGUUUGGUUUCCCUUCGUCAAAGCCACAGAAAGCAAAAUACCGAGUCAAAAACUCCUUUCCUCCUAGUCAUCUGCAGAGCUGAUGUGUUCCAUCAAAAACUCCUUUCCUCCUAGUCAUCUGCAGAGCUGAUGUGUUCCAUCAAAAACUCCUUUCCUCCUAGUCAUCUGCAGAGCUGAUGUGUUCCAUCAAAAACUCCUUUCCUCCUAGUCAUCUGCAGAGCUGAUGUGUUCCAUCAAAAACUCCUUUCCUCCUAGUCAUCUGCAGAGCUGAUGUGUUCCAUCAAAAACUCCUUUCCUCCUAGUCAUCUGCAGAGCUGAUGUGUUCCAUCAAAAACUCCUUUCCUCCUAGUCAUCUGCAGAGCUGAUGUGUUCCAUCAAAAACUCCUUUCCUCCUAGUCAUCUGCAGAGCUGAUGUGUUCCAUCAAAAACUCCUUUCCUCCUAGUCAUCUGCAGAGCUGAUGUGUUCCAUCAAAAACUCCUUUCCUCCUAGUCAUCUGCAGAGCUGAUGUGUUCCUUAAAAAACUCCUUUCCUCCUAGUCAUCUGCAGAGCUGAUGUGUUCCUCGAUUCCAACAACCAAAUGUGGUGAAAAGUAUCAGAUUUAUUUAUUUACUGGCUUUGUAUGCAUGGCAGUCGGAAUAUGCAUUAGACAUAAUCACCGUUGUUCAGAAGAAAUAGACUUGUCCACAAGCCCUGCACAUCCCACCCCAAAAACGUAGGAACGGAACAGCACUCGUAGCGAAGUAUAAUAACGGCUUAGCAAAAAAAAAAAAAUUCACACCUAUAUCAAAAAAUAGUAUUCGCUCACGCUCACAUAAGUGUACAGGGCUUUUAUUUUAAACCACAGGUUUUUUUAAAAUCAACACUCUUUUGCAGUUAUAUGUUACCGAGUUAAAUUCAUGAAUACGGGGAACACAGCAAUAGGAAAAACUGCCAUUCUUCACUCACAUAAGAUCACAAAGAUCACAACAUGACACAGCAGAACUACAUCAUGUUAUCAGAUUGUGACAUCAUAACAUGACACCGCAGAACUACAUCAUGUUAUCUGAUUGUGACAUCAUAACAUGACACAGCAGAACUACAUCAUGUUAUCUGAUUGUGACAUCAUAACAUGACACAGCAGAACUACAUCAUGUUAUCUGAUUGUGACAUCAUAACAUGACACAGCAGAACUACAUCAUGUUAUCUGAUUGUGACAUCAUAACAUGACACAGCAGAACUACAUCAUGUUAUCUGAUUGUGACAUCAUAACAUGACACAGCAGAACUACAUCAUGUUAUCUGAUUGUGACAUCAUAACAUGACACAGCAGAACUACAUCAUGUUAUCUGAUUGUGACAUCAUAACAUGACACAGCAGAGCUACAUCAUGUUAUCUGAUUGUGACAUCAUAAAAUGACACAGCAGAACUACAUCAUGUUAUCUGAUUGUGACAUCAUAACAUGACACAGCAGAGCUACAUCAUGUUAUCUGAUUGUGACAUCAUAACAUGACACAGCAGAGCUACAUCAUGUUAUCUGAUUGUGACAUCAUAACAUGACGCAGCAGAACUACAUCAUGUUAUCUGAUUGUGACAUCAUAACAUGACACAGCAGAACUACAUCAUGUUAUUUGAUUGUGACAAUCUUGAGCAUGUUUUUAAAAAAAAAUAUUUUUGUGCAUAAAUUGAUCAGCGUUCAUAAUAUUUUAGAAACUCCUAAUCAAUUUUGAUUCGUCUAACGUUUUUAAAAUUACGAAUUUUUUUUAAGCUAAGCAUUAAAUUUCUUAAGAGAGAAUGUCUGACCUUUUGACAGGGAACAAAGGGGCUGUGGCCAUUUCUUUCAUGCUCAGUGGCACAUCCUUUUGUUUUAUUAAUGCCCACUUGGCGUCAGGAGACGAGAGGUUGGACAGGUGAGUUUGUUGUGCGCGUGGGAGGGAGCAAUGUGUGGGAGAGGAGAGUUUGGACAGGUGAGGUUAUUGUGUGAGUGUGUGGUAGGAAAGGUUUGACGCAUGAGGUUGUGUGUGGCAGAGAGCAAUGUGUGGGAGAGGAGGAGUUGGACAAGUGAGGUAAUUGUGUGUGUGAGAGAGAGGGGAUUAAUGUGUGUGAGGAGAGCAGUUGGACAGGUGAGGUUAUUGUUUGUAAGGGGGGACUGAUGUCUGAGCAGAGCGGUUGGACAGGUGAGGUUAUUGUUUGUAAGGGGGGACUGAUGUCUGAGCAGAGCGGUUGGACAGGUGAGGUUAUUGUUACAUUCCCCCCUGACUACAGACUCGUCUCGCCAACCUGUCCACUCCAAUAUGUGUGUGGGAGAGGAGAGGUUUGACGGGGGAGUUUUUUUUGGCUAAGUGGGGGGGGGGGAAUUGAUGUGUGGAACAGGAGUGGUUAGAUUAUUAUUUUGUGCGUAAUUUAGAUCUUGUAUGAUUUGGCUCUACUUUAACAUUGUGUUAUGUGUGUAAUAGCAUCAUCAAUGUGCUGAUGUAUGUGUAUUUACAUAAAAAAUAAUUUAUAUGUAGAUUACUUUCUCCUUUAUUCUGCUGUGUCUAGGAGAAAUGCCAACUUCCGAGAUAUACUGAAGAACUUGUCCAUGGGUCCCAAGAACUUGGAGCACUAUGACAUCACACACAAGUUUCAUCAUGUGUUCUUCUUCGGUGACCUCAACUACCGAGUCACAGGAAAUAUUGACGUAAGUCUCUCAUAAGUCAGUCAACUUCUUCGGUCAUCUCAACUAUAGAGUCACUGGAUAUCUUGAUCUAAAUCUCUCAUAGUUCAGUGUACUUUUAUCAACAAUGGAAUACUUCUCCUCUUUGACACAACAAGCAUGAGCCUCACCUGACAUCACAUGACCAAAUUACACUUUACCAGCAUCAAGUGAUACAACUAUACUCCGACCACAUUUCAGGACAGUAUUUCACAACACAGUUUUAAAAACGAACUGCAUUAUCUGACUAAGGAUAACAUUAUAGCUAUUUCCUGCACAGAGACUUUUGGUAAGAGUUAUAUUUCUAUCAAAUUUUUUAAAUUUCUGUGCCAGUUAUUUCCAUCUCAAAUGUUGCUUUAGAAUGUUGCCUAAAAUAGAUGUGUGGUAAUAUACUCACUCCGAUUGUGGCAAUCAAUGUUUCAACACAGUGAGGGUAUUUAUUUAAUUUACAUAGAAUGACUAAAUGUCUGAUACCUGCAUCUGGAUUUUUAAAAAUUUCUUUCUAAUUGCAGCAAAUCUUGACCAAGCUGGAGAAAAGAGAAUUCAUGCCGUUACUUGAACAAGACCAGCUGAAGCGAUGCCAGUUUGAGAAGAAAGCCUUUUUUGGAUUCAGUAAGUUUGUAGGGUCCAACAAAAAAGGGCAGUGUUUAAAAAAAAAUAGGAGGCGUUACGCACAGUCGGGUUUGGAACAACGCUCAACUUUACUUUGAGCCGACUGUGUGACGCUCAGCGUUAUUACCAGCGGAUAAAUGGCUUACUUCCGCUAGCUCAACAUUAUUCCCAUCUGAUUGUGAAUAAGCACUUCUUUAAAAAAUACAGUUGGUUACCAGUUACCACUAAAUUGUUUUUCUUGUUUAGUCUCAGGGAUAUCAGUAAUUGCAAGGGCUUGAAUAUUCAUUUAAAGCAAUGUUUUGUUUAUUCAUAAUUAGAUUAACUGAGUUGUAAAAUCAUUGAGGAACUUUUGAAUGUGUACAGGCCUUUCAUUAGGCAAAUCUUCGGCUAUCAAAAUAUUAUAUUUUAACCAAUUUGUAUGACUUUGUACCAACUUCACAUAGAGAAAAGUUUUGAAAGUUUCAAAUUUAAGCAAUAAAAUUUACCAGCAAAAAAACACACAUACAAAUGAAGGCAACACUAAUACAAAAAAAAUAAAUAAAAAAAAAACAACCCACAAAAAAAAUUAAUACAAAAAACAUAAAUACAAAAAAAACACAAACAACCCAGCUUCAUUAAAUUGUUGUUGGCCUUUAUAUUAAGAGAAUUUUUAAGUGUUAAAAUCCACUCUCUAUAAAAAAUCCCAGGGGAAAUGAGAUGAUGAACCUGUUCAAAGCCAAGGCCAUUCUGACUUAACAACCUUUUUUUGCCUUGUCGUAUUCCAGGUGAAUCUGAGGUUACGUUCAUGCCAACGUACAGACUUGAAAGACAGACGCCGGGCUACAAAUAUGAUUGGAAGAAAAUCAAAACCACAAUGGUAUCAGUUCAAAUAGUCAUGGAAUAAAUUAGUGAUGAAAUAGAGAACUAGAUUUGCUUGUGCCGUUUGUUAACGUGACCUUUAAUGUCAUCAAGCUGAGUGGCGAUCAACUAUAAUAAUUAUUAUUGAAUGUGGUGCCAUAUCCAGUGUAGCAAGACUGAAACACUCUGGUCACGUAUGAAUCUUGACUCCCAACAUGCUUAAACUCCCAGUCUCAAAAUGGCAUAAGUGAAUUACAAAUACUUCUCAUUAGCGGUGGUGGGGGGCCUCCAGCUAACACUUUGGCUCUGCCCAACAUUAUAUCUACAACAUAGGACCACUGAUCACUAUGGCCUCUCCAAGGUCAACAAAAAUGAAAUCUAUUAUUUUUUUUACGGUUCAAAAGUUUUUGUAUUCUACAUGUUAUUUAAACACUGGUGGACGAUUCCGUUGAAGUCCAGCUCUAUUCAUAUAUUUUUUUGUGCAAAGUCCUUCAAAGCAAUUUUAGAAAUCUAUUAAUAACCUUGUGUCUCUUCCGUAGGAAAGAAUCAACAUUCCGUCUUGGUGUGAUCGCAUUUUGUGGCACUCAUUCCCUGGGACAUUUAUAGAAAAUACAGCCUAUGGUACGUCAUAUGACUGUUUCUUACCAUUCACACCUUGGACUCUGCCAUGUUAUGUUGAAAUAUGAGCUUUAAGACCAGUGUUGACCAGUGUUGACCAGUGUUGACCAGUGUUAAUUUAGAAAAGAGACAUGUUUUAGAUAACCAUGACUUUGUUUCUGCUGUAUUUAAAAACACCAGGUGGUUGUUGCGCAAAACUUGGAACAAAUACCUCAGAAUCUUACAAUUCAAAAAAAGGGGGGGGGGGGGGGGGUUUUUAAUUUUUUUUCUCUAGAUGACAAUUAAUUGUGAGAGAAGCUUAAAUCUAAUUAUUGGGCUGAGAGAUAGAUUCUGAAGGAUUGAAUAAAUCUUUUAUUGAUUCCUUUCAAUUUGAGAGAAACAAUAGAAUUUCAAACUGGUUGAGAAUAGUCUUUUUUUUCUCUCUCAGUGUUUUCUCAUCCUCAAAAAUAGCUGACUUGUCUAAAACACUUGGCUACUCGGCAUUAACCGACGCCUGGCCCCUUUGCCUUCCCAACUUAUGUAGCUACAAUAAUCUUGAUUAAAUUUCCCAUUAAUACCUGAUUAUCUUUACCCCCACGGGUCAUUAAGGAUUGCAAUCAGAAUUUUUUUUGUAUCUCUCUACUUGUUUUAGGUUCUGCGGACAAUCUACUCAACAGUGACCACAGGCCGGUGUUUGGCUCCUUCACCGUAGGGAUAGCCUCCCCUUUCAUACAGAACAGAGCAUCCCUACAGGACAACCUCAAUGUCAAAUUUAUUUUCAAGAAUAUUGAAGCCCAGGUAAUUCUUUAAAAAUUUCCCCAACACAGUGACCUUUAUAUACAAUAUGAAGAUAUAAAAUUGAAAUUAAAAUGUUAGCUGCUGUCCCGGUUACAAAAAUUCUUCCCUUGAGUAUUGUUCGUUAAUUUUAGAUUAUAUGUCACUUACAACAUCCUCUUUAGUUUUUCAUCCACAAAUGUUUCUAACUUUAUCAUGUGGCUAAAAUUAGGAAAUGAGUGAAACAAUGUAAUGGGAAAACCUGAAGAAAUGAACGCAACAAAACAAUGAACAUGUCAUCAGGGAGGAAACGAGAGUAAAAACAAAAUUAAAUAAAAAUAGCACUUGGCUAAAAAGUAGUAUCGAGGGGGUAGCAAAAGAAUUGUGUGGUUAAAAUUAGGCCUACACUCAUGCCUAUAACAGUUAAGACCAGUGGUCCUAAAACUUUAUCAGCUCCCCCCCCCCCCCCCAAACACACCCUAGCACCUCCCUGUGUUACCCCAAAAAUAUCAAUAUUCAGGAUAGUAGUUUGCACAUAUUUGAAAGCAAGAUAACAUAAAACAAUUUACAUGCAUAUCGUGGGGCUGAACUUUCAAUUUUAAUAGAACAAAAGCUUUUAAAUUGAAUCAUUUCACUUAUAAACUGAUAACUUGAUCCGGCAGAAAGCUUUUUAUAAUACACUUAGUGAUACACUUGGUGAUAAACCAGGUAGUAAUAAACCUACUAACACACAUAGUAAAACACACUUAAAGAUACACUUUCUGGUACACUUAGUAAUACAAUUAGUAAUGCGCUUAGAUAUGGUAACUUACUUCCUCACUGCUCAAAUAAUCUCAAUGCUUAAAUUGAUUCUUAAAUGCUGUGGCAAAAUGUCGUCUAGUGGUAGGUCCCUCUUCCAAACGGCCACAGAAACACACUCUCAGAUCAGAACACAAACAGGAGAUGUGUCCCCUGACAAAUGCCACUUGUUCAAUGUUUGGAGUAAAGGUCAACAGCCACAUUAAUAACAACAUUCCACAAAAUAUGGUGUGGAAAAUGUUGCAACCAGGAGCUCCCUAACCAACUUCCACAGCUCAUGAUGGUUACGACAGAUUUCUUAAUGAAGCCAAAAAAACCUGGUAUGAUGAAUCCUUGAACUUUGGCAUCAGCCCAGUAUCAUUUUUGUUAAUCUCUAAAUUAGCCCUUCAUCCAAAUGUAUGUGGAAUGGUCAAGUGGUCACAAUGUACUGGCAGAUUGACAUCUUGUUAGUGGAAUUGUCAAGUGGUCACAAUGUACUGGCAGAUUUACAUCUUGUUAGUGAAAUUGUCAAGUGGUCACAAUGUACUGGCAGAUUGACAUCUUGUUAGGGUACCUUAUUCUCUUCUCGGGUCAGAGGGACUUAGGAAUUGGCACGCAUGAGCAGAGCUAGUUUUUAAUAGAACUUUGAUACAAAAUACAAACAAAGAUAAUGUUUAUCUGCGUUGUAUAAAAUUAACCUCAUUUCCCAGCAGAUGUAAAUUAUUUACUCUAAAAUUUGCUAAUAAUAAUAUCACUGAAAAUGCAGUGUCUAAUGUUUUUGGAUUUAUGCUAAUAUAACUGGCAAUACAGAGUCUAAUAUCUUUAGGUUUAGCUAAUGUCAAAGAUAGUACAGUGCCUAACGUCUGAGUGAAACAUUUUGUCUUUAAAAAUCAUACAGUAGUAAUAGCUUCUAAAACUGACUCACACACUCGCCUUUUGAACCCCCACAAACUUUCAGUUUUUUAGCCACCAGGUGUUUGCGAAGAAUCACACAAUAAAUUGCAAAUACAGGAUUUAAUUCUAUAACAAAAAUAAUAACAAAAAAAUCAAGGUACCAAUCGGUCAUCAUUGGUGACCUUUAUAAUUUACUGGUCCAUAUGUCAAUUCAAGUGGCACCAAGAGCUCUCAAUCUUUAACUUAAUCCUUAUAUAGGUCAUGUUUAUUUGACUUCUGUACCCAGCCAAUGGCUUGAUAUGAAAUGAUACUAGUUAGAUUCCACCUUGGAGCCAUCAAUAUAAUAUGUCAAGCUGCGGAGGGAUGGUCUAAAUAAAUGUGACAGUUUUGUGACAGGGGGGGGGGGUAAAAUAUCAUAUGUGACGUCACAUAUUUUAUAUUUUUAAUAGUUAAUAUAAAACCUGAAAUGACAGUUAACCAAUUUUUUACUUUGGAAAGUGGGGAUUUGUUACUUGGGUGAACAUUGCUCUUUAUGUGUGGCAAUGAUAUUUAUAUAACCAGAGUAGAUCAACUUAAUACAUUUUCUUAAUUCUGCAUCCAGUGAAUGUUUUGAAAAAUAUGUGUGAAGGGGGGGGGGAUGGGGCGGGCUCCUCUUUAAAAUGCACUCAUUAGGGUUGUCUGUUCAUGUCAACUUUCCAGGUAAACAUGGCUGGGAAAAAAGCAACACUUUUCAAGAGUUAUUCAUCAUGGCCCCUACGUUAAGUCCAAUUCCCCCCUGAAUCUACUAAGCAUAUUACUGACCCACCCCAGCGGGGGACACUAUCGCCCCUCUGGGUGACACUUACUGCCCACUUUAAGAACCAUUGGUUUAGAUUUUAGAACAUUUCAGCCCAGAAGCUUAGUAAAGACUUGUGUUUGGAGUCAAAGGGGUUUAAUUGAAUCUCAUAUUAAACCAGACUGCAAUAAAGCUUGAAAUGAAUUUAAAACCAAGUCUUAAUUGGAUAAUCCAAACUGCCUUUGGGUAUACUUACAUGUAUUUUGAUUCAUUAUAGAUUAAAACAAGCACCAAGCAGUCCUAUUUUCUGGAGUUUUCCUCAGCUUGUCUUCCUGGUAAGUAGACUGUCCUUUUUACGAUUAUGCAUGGCUGUCUAGAUAUUGUUUUUGCAUUAGGUUUGGUUUUAUUUUAUUUAAUAAUUUAUGUUUAAGUUAUUUUUCUAAUUAAUUCUGGGCUGUAGAUUUCUUGUGUUGGUUUGGUUCUUUUUAAAAAUGUUUUAUUUGGUUGCUUACUCCUGGCAUGACAAUGUGGCAAUAAAAUAUAUGUCUACCAGGUAAAGAAUAAAAUGAUGCAGCCAAAUAAUUAUUUAUGAAACUGCCUUACAGCAAUCUUACUUAAUAACUUUAUCAUAUCAUUUGCUUGUCAGGGAAACACAAUGUAUUAGCCAAAUAAUGAUCUUAUCACCUCAUAUCAUUGUAUCUUAAUGACUAUAACUAACAUAACUCCUGGUUCUCUGGCCUACAAUUCCUAUUUCUGUUUGUUUAACAAAUCUGUAUACAGGAGCUUGUCCUUUUACAAACAUGUAAUUUUACUUAUUUGUAAAUGUAAAUAAAUAAUUUUAAAAAAUAUAUAUCUGAAAAUAAAUUUCAAACCUUUAAAAAAUGUGAAUAUCAUAUUUCACACACACAAAAAAAAUACUCAUUCUUGUGAGUUUUUAAAUUUAAAUAUAUAGGCCCUAUUUAACAACAAAAAAAGGGGGGGGGGCAAGAAUGGAAAAUAUGGCAACUAUUUAAUUCUACAAGUUAACAUACAUGUCACCCCAUCACACAAUAAAUGCACGUAUUUCACUAUUAAUCUUGACAAACAGAGAGAGGGAUAAUAAAGGUAAGGGAUAAUGAAAUCAUUUCACUCAGGUAAGGGAUAAUGAAAUCAUUUCACUCAGGUAAGGGAUAAUGAAAUCAUUUCACUCAGGUAAGGGAUAAUGAAAUCAUUUCACUCAGGUAAGGGAUAAUGAAAUCAUUUCACUCAGGUAAGGGAUAAUGAAAUCAUUUCACUCAACAUUUUUAAAUCAAAAUAUCUCAUGUGGUCAUCCAUGUGUCUCAGCUUUUUUUUUUUUUUUUAAUAAUUGACAUUUUGUUUCCAUUUUGUUUUUAGCAAAUCGUGGCCAGGGUAAGGUCAAUGUUCAUAACACAUGUGUAGACAAAUGAACCAUUCACUGCUGCUAUUUUGUUCAGUUGGUGCCCACCAAGCUUUGCCUGGAUAAAAUUCUCCACUUCUUUGCAAUCGUUUCAUACGUAGCAGUCCAACAUCAUUGGCACUGAAAAGUGAUGUGUAGAUAUUUUAAUGAUUUUUUAAAAGAAAUUAUCCAAGUAUUGGAUCUUUAAAUGAUGAAUAAUACUCCUCCAUUGGUAGGUUUUGAAAUUAGGAAUGUAACUCACGCAUUUGUAGGUCUUAAAAUUAGGAAUGUAACUCAUGCAUUUGUAGGUCUUAAAAUUUAAAAAAAAAGUCAAUUUUCCACCUGUAGGUCUUUCAAAUGAUAAAUGUGACUCUUUGACUUGUAGGUCCCAAAAAUUAUAAAUUUAACACAUCCAUUUAUAGGUCGUAAAAUAAUAAUUAUAAAUUUUCCACCUGUUUGUCUUUUAAAUGAUGAAUGUGACUCUUUUGACUAGUAGGUCCCAAAAAUUAUAAAUCUAACUCAUCCAUUAUGGUUCUUUAAAUGAUAAAUUUCCCUCCCCCCAUUUGAUUGCACUAAUGCUAAUGUUUGUUUGUAUCUUUAUGUCAGUAUGCUCUCAAAGAUGUUAAAAUUUCACCUGUGUAGCAUUAAAUACCUAGAACUAGCAUGACACUGGUAUUAUCAAUACCCACGGUUAGUUUAGUAGUUACUGAGCCUUUCCCCCCAUUAUACUAGUAUUAUCAAUACCCACAGUUAGCUUAGUAGUUCUCGGCCCAACUGAAGAGUUCAUGUCUCAUUUAACAAAAUACCCUAUCUCAAACUGGGAGAGUGAAUUAAUUAUUUGGUGGAGUCAAAAGUAAUACCUUCUUGAUAAAAAUGCUUACUAGCAAGUACUACCGUAUUGAUAAUUAUGCUGACUAGCAGGCCACAGUACAAGAGUUAAGAAAUAAAAAGUAGUUUGAUUUUAACGUUAGGCAAUACAAAAAAUUUAUCCAAAGCUUUCACAUAUUGAAAUAUUUAAAUUAAUUUUUAAAAAUUUAACCAUUGUUACAACUUGCCAAUCGUUGAAAACAGUUUCAAAAGAUAUGUGUAUAGAUAGUGUUUUGUUUUUAUUUUUAAAUUUUUUUUUAGCUAGUUUCAGUCAAAUUAGUUUAUUUUUUUAGCUAGUUUCUGUCAAAUUUGAUUAUUUUUUAGCUAGUUUCAGUCAAAUUAGUUUAUUUUUUUGGCUAGUUUCUGUCAAAUUUUAUUAUUUUUUUAGCUAGUUUCAUUCAAAUUUUAUUAUUUUUUUAGCUAGUUUCAGUCAAAUUUUUUUAGACUAUCACUGCUUUUUCUUUUUAAAAAAAAAAAAAUCACAGAUUCUCCGCUAAUCACAAAAACCACAAGCCUUGCACACACAUCCAUCAGUGGCUCUCUCAAAAAUGAACUGUCACUGUCACUGCUAUUAUGAACACCAUCAACCAAUCCUUCAAUGUGAAUGCUUGCUUCAGUCAAUGAGUAGCUGCACAUAAGGCUCUGUAGUUGGCUCAGUUCAGCCUUGCGUCUGUCGCCUCCCAUUACUGUACUUCAUUCUUGUCUUCUACGAUUUGCUCUUUGUUACUUCAAGUCCCAGGAAACAGUCGCCCUACUUCCUGACCUCUGCCCACAACCUCCUUAAUCUCUACAAGAUCUUUUUUUUGUUGUUAAAAUCAUAGCCUAAUCCAAAUUAAUUUAACUAAGAAACUAUUUCCAUUGAUGACCAGCCAAAAGGAAUACUUUUUUUAUUUUUUGUUUACUUUCUAUUUUCUAUUAAGGGUAUGACUCAAACUUAGACAAAAGUUCUACAAAUAAAAUCACUUAAACUAUGUUAUUUAAAAAUUUAUAUUGCUGCUAUUCGGACCCGGGUUCCUUUAGACUAAAUGCUAUUCGGAUGUCAUUUGUGGUAGUUUAUUUUAGUUAAAUUGAAGAAGUAAGUUUACAAACAUAUAUAGUCCAUUCAAUUAUCUUUCAUUUGAUACCAAGUUUUGUCUUACAAACCCAACAAUAAUGUUUUAAAUAUUUUUUAAUAAACCUAACCUCUCACUCUUGAAUCCCGGGUCCAAAUAGCCGCAGCCUUUAAAACUAGAGAAGAGUUACAAUGUUUGAUAUAAAUAAAUAAUGAACAUUUUUAUUUAAGAUGAUUUAUAUUUAUUGAGGCAACGUCCCUGUUUUUUUUUAAAAACUUCUCGGCUGUUGUAAUUUCUGCUACCUACAUGUGAGAUUGUAUUCAGUUACAUGUGUAGAACCUGUAUCUUGAACUGCACCCUGAUAGUUUCAGAUGAUGUACUUAUGUUCAGUGGUUUAUUUCAGAUGGUGUACGUGUUCAGUGGUUUAUUUCAGAUGGUGUAUGUGUGUUCAGUGGUUUAUUUCAGAUGGUGUAUGUGUGUUCAGUGGUUUCAUUUCAGAUGGUGUAUGUGUGUUCAGUGGUUUAUUUCAGAUGAUGUACAUGUGUUCAGUGGUUUCAUUUCAGAUGAUGUUCGUGUAUUGAUUGGUUCUAUUUCAGAUGAUGUAAGUGAGUUCAAUGGUUUAUUUCAGACAUAAUUUGCUGUGAGUCCAACAGAAGGUUUGGAGAUAGCCAGAAGCCAGGAUUUACAAACAACCCGGUGUGGACGGCCGAGCAGUUGCCACAGGUAGAAAAAAAUUUUCAGACCUUCAUUUUUUUUUUUUUAUGAGCAUCUGGCGCCAGCUGGCAGUUUGACUGCGUCGUCUGCUGGGCUGUUUUUUUUAAAAAGGUGCUUUUUGCCUUUUGAUCUGAUGUUUUGGGGUGUCCAGAUUUUAAGCUAGAAGCCAGGAACUUUUUAGGGAUUCUUCUCUUACUUAAAUCUCAAUUUUAAAAAUUGUUUUGCUGUAAGAAUGUUAUGACCAAACACAAUAAUGUGAGCUCUGAGGUUCAGGUGACCUAUCACUAUAUACGGAAUUGUCACAAUAAGGCGAGCUGUGACAUUCAGGUGACAUAUGACUACUAUAUAGGGAACUGUCACAAAAAGGUUAACUAUCACAAUGAGAUGACCAGUCCAUCAGAUGUAGGCUACAUACAAUUGUGUCACUUUGACCAGGGCAGCUUUUCUUCUCUUGAUGUGCCCCUCUUUUGUCCACAGCUGCGGCCCUUGUUUGGUGACGUUGACUACCUUGAAGACCAACACAUAUUGAUAGCAGUCAAGGGGGCAGGGGACGAUCAUGAAUCAUAUGGUGAGAAUUAUAUGUAUUACACAUAAUAUAUGCUCUACAUCAAUAUGGAAUGUCAGAGACUAGGGAAUGUCAGAGACUGUGGAAGAUCAUUGACCAUGGAAUGUCAGAGAUUCAGAAAGGUCACUUUCUGUAGCAACCUUGUCCCACCUAGCCUGGGACAUAUGCACCAACGGUAAACAUCAAAGUUAAGGCCUGGUAUAUUUUCAAGUUAUGAAUAAUAUUAACAUACAGUUCUAAUCAGAAUGCGACAAACAAGUAAUAAUAUUAACAUACAGUCUAAUCAGAUUGUGACAGACAUGUGGUAAUAUUAACAUACAGUCUAAUCAGAUUGUGACAGACGUGUGGUAAUAUUAACAUACAGUCUAAUCAGAUUGUGACAGACGUGUGGUAAUAUUAACAUACAGUCUAAUCAGAUUGUGACAGACAUGUGGUAAAAUUAACAUACAGUCUAAUCAGAUUGUGACAGACAUGUGGUAAUAUUAACAUACAGUCUAAUCAGAUUGUGACAGACAAGUGAUAAUAUUAACAUACAGUCUAAUCAGAUUGUGACAGACGUGUGGUAAUACCAACUCUUAUGAAUGUGGCCCAACUUCAUUUCGGUUAAAACUACUCAUCCAUCUCUCCCACCUUUAUUUCUGUUUCAUUUACUUACUCUUUCCCUAAAACCUACCUGUCCCUAACACCUACCUGUCCCUAAAACCUACCUGUCCAUAAGACCUACCUGUCCAUAAGACCUACCUGUCCCUAAGACCUACCUGUCCAUAAGACCUGCCUGUCCCUAACACCUACCUGUCCCUAAGACCUGCCUGUCCCUAACACCUACCUGUCCCUAAGACCUACCUGUCCCUAAGACCUACCUGUCAGAAUGACUUACCCAACAAGAAUGACUAAGCUCGUUCUAUUUACUUACCUUUCCCAUUUACUGACCUGUACCACUUACUGACCUGUCCCACUUACUGACCUGUCCCAACUGCUUACCUGACACCAACUAACUAUCUAUCCAACCCUGCAAAUCUGUCUCACCUGUCCUGGUGGCAAUAUUACAGGUGAGUGCGUGAUUUCCCUCAAGGAUAUGUUUACAGGAGAGCCAUGUUAUUUUGAGGCCACCAUGACACACUUUGGUGAGGAGACGGGAAAGUUGAAGUAAGUCAGUUUGCUUAUGUUGAUAACUUUAGUGUGGUUCUGUUGAUAACUUUAGUUUGGCUCUGUUGAUAACUUUAGUUUGGCUCUGUUGAUAACUUUAGUUUGGUUCUGUUAACUUCAGUUUGGUUCUGUUGAUAACUUUAGUUUGGUUCUGUUAACUUCAGUUUGGUUCUGUUGAUAACUUCAGUUUGGUUCUGUUGAUAACUUUAGUUUGGCUCUGUUGAUAACUUUAGUUUGGCUCUGUUGAUAACUUUAGUUUGGUUCUGUUGAUAACUUUAGUUUGGCUCUGUUGAUAACUUUAGUUUGGUUCUGUUGAUAACUUUAGUUUGGCACUGUUGAUAACUUUAGUUUGGUUCUGUUGAUAACUUUAGUUUGGUUCUGUUGAUAACUUUAGUUUGGCUCUGUUGAUAACUUUAGUUUGGUUCUGUUGAUAACUUUAGUUUGGCUCUGUUGAUAACUUUAGUUUGGUUCUGUUGAUAACUUUAGUUUGGCACUGUUGAUAACUUUAGUUUGGUUCUGUUGAUAACUUUAGUUUGGUUCUGUUGAUAACUUUAGUUUGGCUCUGUUGAUAACUUUAGUUUGGUUCUGUUGAUAACUUUAGUUUGGCUCUGUUGAUAACUUUAGUUUGGCUCUGUUGAUAACUUUAGUUUGGCCCUGUUGAUAACUUUAGUUUGGUUCUGUUGAUAACUUUAGUUUGGCUCUGUUGAUAACUUUAGUUUGGCUCUGUUGAUAACUUUAGUUUGGCUCUGUUGAUAACUUUAGUUUGGCCCUGUUGAUAACUUUAGUUUGGCUCUGUUGAUAACUUUAGUUUGGCCCUGUUGAUAACUUUAGUUUGGCUCUGUUGAUAACUUUAGUUUGGUUCUGUUGAUAACUUUAGUUUGGCCCUGUUGAUAACUUUAGUUUCAUUAUAUACUUGAAAGGGGAACUUACUGUAAUAUUUUUCUCUUAAGGAAAGUCAAAUUAAAUUUAAUCAGCACUAUUGCUACUCUUGAAAUAUAAAGAAAAAAAAAAAAAUAUUCAUUUGUACUACUAUUUUCAUAUUAAACAUUUCUUAUGUCAGUGAUUUCCAAUCACUAAUCUCCCAGUAUUUUUGGUGGGAACCACAACACCACACAAACACCCCCCACCCCAUUAGUAAAAAUUGUACAAAAUUGACCCAACCCAAAUUGACACAUCAAUAAAUAAAUUGGAACUAAAUUUGAACUUUUUCUCUGUGUCCAUUAGACAUUGAUGUCUAUUAAUCCUAUUAAACUAAAAUAGUGUUUCCUUCUCCCCUCCCACAGAGGAGAGUGGUACAUAUCUACAGGUGCAGCGUCGGGUGGGAUGGUCUCCAGAGCCAGCAGGAAAACAUACGGUAGGGGCCGAUAUUCUGUGUUUGUGCUUUGUGUAUCGGGGAGAUGGUGUUUAGAUGGUGUUUAGAUGGUGUUUAGAUGGUGUUAGUGGUGUCCAUGCUGCUUAGUUAGUUGACUUUUAGAUAGAGUCAAGUCUGUGGUUCAUGGACCCAUGGGCCAUUUAAUCAGGAUACAUUUUUAUUUCAAGGGGAUUUGUUGUGGUGGUUGAUGGACGGGUCAAGGCUAAUUACAAUGUGCAAUUGGACAAAGUUACAAAAUGAAAUUAGCAUAAGAAUGAAUACAGAUAGAAUAUGGCCAUAUAUAUAAUAUAUAUAUAAUAUAUAUAUAUAUAUAUAUAUAUAUAUAUAUACAAAAGUUCUCUCUGCAAUACACUCAUCAAAGUGAAAGAAUCUUAAAUGCAAUUUCAGCUGUGAAUUGCACGCCUGCAUAUUUUUGGUUCAGUGAUUUUUUUGGGGAAGAGAUGGGAACCAACCCCUCACACUCUUCACCCCCUCACCUCUCAUGUCGAGUGUUGCUGAAUAACUUUCUCUUUCCUUUUCUCCACAGAAAUUGUUGCCCUUGACACUGAAUAUCACGACCCGGAAGAGUUUCUUUCCCUGACACCGCCCUGUGACAUCGUUAACGCGGGUGGGACUGCACCGACCUCUGGUGGACUCCUGAUGUCACCGUCCACAACAUUCACGGUUCACCCUGCGGAAGAUGAAAACAUAAGCAUCCCGACCCACUACGUCAACCACAACGUAAUGCGCCGCGCGCCAUCUGACCCGGUUCCCGACACUCCCUUGGAGAGCACGAUCGAUCCACCACCUCUUCCGACAAAACGUGCAAAACCCAUCAUGGGCCAGUUUGGCAUUCAGGGUCCACCGACUGCGGCGAAGCCAACAGACACUUCUAGAAGCUCAGACGGCGUCCUAUCUGGGGAAACGGCGUCCGGGGCAGAAUUUGGGAACCUUCGUACCAAGUCGAAUGGCACGACGGUUCAAGGUGCCACCGGAGGGUCGCCACUAACAGCGCCACAUUUGAAAAAAACUGAGUCGGGCUCUCCAUCCCCUCCGAUUUCUUCCAGGCCAAAGGUCAAAGCCAACAUGUACCCGAUUCUUGGGUUCAGCCCCACGGUUAAGAAAUCCGAUUCUGAGUCCCCGCCCAUACGGAACUCCCCGCUAGUGUGGCAGGCAAGGAUAGAGGGAGAUGAGUUUUUCCCAUCUCCCAAAUCAAAGAUUGUCCCAUCGGCCCCACCCCUACCUGAGAUGGAAGUAAGUUUUCAAAGUUGACCUUUAUUUUUUUCCUAGAUUUUUUAGGAGACAUCCGAGAAGGUACAGAGCCAUGUUCACUAAAAUAGCAGACAUCCCAUGUUCACUAAAAUAGCAGACAUCCCAUGUUCACUAAAAAAGCAGACAUCCCAUGUUCACUAAAAUACCAGAUAUCCUUGUAGGUACAGAGCCAUGCUCACUAAAAUAGCAGGCAUCCCAGUAGGUAAGGAGCCAUCUUCCCCAAAUAGCAGACAUCCCAUUGUCACUAAAAGAGCAGACAUCCCAUUAUCUACAGAGCCAUGUUCACCACAAUAAUCCGAUCUAUAAUUAUGACAACAUCAAGUAGUAUAAGUAUAAAUACAGUUUAUUUGGGGUAGGUGGUGGCAUUGUAUCAAUACAUUGUAUAUGUGGUUGCUGGUGGCAUUGUAUCAAUACAUUGUAUAUGUGGUUGCUGGCUUAAGAAGGAAAGUGGGUGGCUGGUAAAAUGGCGCCCAGUGACACAGAUUGUAGGUAUAUUACAUCAAAAAAGUUUGGCACGGGGAACUGUUAGCCUGUGACCCACACUGGUAUGGGACCGUUAGCCUGUGACCCACACUGGUAUGUGACCGUUAGCCUGUGACCCACACUGGUAUGUUGGGUCCUCCACUCUUAUAUCCUUGUCCAGGUGAAUGGAGACUGUAAACCAAAAAAAACAACUUUGCCCUAACUUAAAAAGUGAUCUAUUAUCUACAGCUUGUUUUCCUUCUUUACAACACAAUACUUGGCUUCAAGCUUACAAGAUAUAACAAAACAAUUUUCUCAUUUCUAAGUAAUCUAUGAAACUGAAUAAUUUGUGAAAAACUUCUGCUGCAAAGUAGACUGCACUCUAGAGAUGGCAGACUGUACUCUAGAGAUGUGCUCCAAAAUCUCCAAAGAAAAGAUAAACUUUUGCACACAAAAUUUUUUUUUAUAUUGGAAUAUUUACGGCAGUCAGAAUGUAAGUUUACAGAAAAAUAUUUUAUUAUCAGAUAAGUACAUCUCCAGUAACUGAGGUUUCACAAAAGAAAUUAAGUUUUGGCAGAUAAAGGACUUGAGAUUGUCACAGUUCCGUUAUCUUUGUCAAAUGGGCACUCUAUCUGAAGUACGAGCUUUAAAAUGGCAACAAUCUCUGCUAUGAAAAGCAAUGUCUGUGCCUGCUACGGGUAAUGAGGUCUGUGCUGUGGGAAAUGUCUGUUAUAGGGAAAGCUAUGUAUGCCAUAAGAAACUAUAUGGAGCAAAUAUCUGUGCUUUGAGCAAAGUUUAUAUACUGUGAGCAAAUUUGUGUGCUGUGAGCAAAUGACUGUGCUAUGCGAAAGGUACUAGGGGCAAGUGUCUGUGCUAGGUAUAGGAAACAAUGUUUGUGCUUGCUAUGGGAAAAAAUACUGGUGUUUGGUAUUGGCAACAAUAUCUGUGUGGUUCUACAGGCACUGAUCAAUGUUCUAUUGGAAAAAGGAUGCCAAUGCUUUAUAAAACAAAUGUCUUUACUACGGAAAAUGAUGAAUGGUCUAUGCAAAAUGAUGAAUGUUGUAUGGGAAACAAUCCUGGCAUUCAUCCCUCUCUCUCUUUCACUCCAAGACCUUUUUCCUGACUACCCCCACCCCCCCCCCCCCCCCCCACUUUUUUCCCGACUCCCCCCCCCCCCCCCCCACUAAUCCACCUAUUGAACCUAUCCUUCCUACUAACACAUUUAUUUUUUUGUAAUCAAACAGAAUAUCUACCCAUCCAUUGCCAUACGUCCUUACGAAGAGCUGAAAAAGCCCACUUCAGUACAGGAAUGGCUCAAGGGUCUGGGACUGUCAGAAUACACGUCAACUUUCUUACGCAACGGCUGGGAUUCUAUGGGCACACUGGCCCAUCUUACAGCAGCCCAUAUCAUGAAGCUGGGCAUACGUGAUGCUGAGCAUUGGCAGAGAAUUUUAAACAGUGUACGUGAGUUGAAAGGCCAAACGCCAUGAGAAAAAAAAACAAUAUACAGUUGCAAGGAGAGAAAAUGACAGCUUCUGUUAUUGACUCUAGGAGUUGCAAGGGGGAGAAAAGGACAGCUUCUGUCUUUGACUCUAGGAGUCACAAGGAGAAAAAAUGACAUUGCGUCUGUCAGUGACCCUAGGAGAUGAGAGGCAACAAGAGGGUCGCCAUGAGAAUGAAGAGACUGCUGUUGUUUAAAUCUGUGUAUUCCAUAUUUUGAGCUCACCCUGGACAUGGAAAGUGAAGAAAGACAAUCUCUCUACACUAAUUUCAUAAACAUCAUGUGCGGUGCGCUCAGCAUGGUACUACGCUAGUCAUUUAGAUCAUGUACAAUGUGCUCAGCAAGGUACUACACUACAGUCAUAUAGAUCAUGUAUGGUGUGCUCAGCAAGGUACUACACUACAUUCAUAUAGAUCAUGUAUGGUGUGCUCAGCAAGGUACUACACUACAUUCAUAUAGAUCAUACACAACGUGCUCAGCAAGGUACUACACUAAAUUCAUACUGAUCAUACAUGAUGUGCUCGGCAAGGUACUUUCACCAUAUAGAAGAUUUCUUUAACUUGUUCACCAAUAACAAUGCAGCUUGACAGAACAGCCGAUUGAAGUUUUUGUACAAACCUCGGGAAAAGCUGUGUUAUCGCCACACCCGCACUUGAACCUUGAAGAUAUUGAUCUUUUUAUUAUUCCUUUUUUGCUGUCUCGAUUGGAGGAAAUGUUGUCCUAAAAUGUCAUCAAAGGGUUUCCCCUAACUGGAUCACUUGAGAUGUGACACUUUCACAGUGUGAUGAGAAACAUAAGAUGCGGUCAGGUCCAGACAUAAUAAGGCACAAGAGAUCUGGUCCGGGUCAAGUUGUAGUGAGAUGUGAUUUAGUGUUGUCAUGUCAAGAUGAAAUGAAGCACACUGGUAUCUGGUCCAGUCAGGAUGUAACAACACACAUGAGCUCUGUGCAGCUUCUCACUGGGCCAGCUGCAUACCUACCUGGUUGUUGUACUUGGUCUACAGUGUACCACAUUUAGAAGUACUGUCCACUCUAUAGGACCUACCAGUCGUUGAUGGCAUAAGACCUACACUUUAGUGGGCACUCUGGUCCUAUCCAUGAUUCGCCCAUCUGUGCUCUACAUAUGAACUGGCUCUUUUGGUCUAUCUAAAUUUCAAAAGCAUUAGCUCCGUUUUGAAACCACUGUUUUUCUCAUCUUCAACUUGUUCAGUAUUUCAUUAUCAUUCUCUCAAAUGUUAUUCAAACAUUAUUUUUUAAUAUAAUUAUCACAUUAUGUGUAAGGCCGUGAGCUUAACUAUAUUUUUCAGGCUACAUUACUUUUCUCUACAUUACUUUUCACUACAUUAAUUUUUCUCUACAUUAUUUUUCACUACUGUUAUCUGCUUAUGCAUUAUAAUGUGCUCCUCAAAAGCAAUACUAUUGAUGUGGCACCAUCAGAUGUGUGAAAAGAAUGAAAGGAUCUGCUCUAUGUUCCUCUAAAUGGUUUGCUGAUCCAUGCCAAGAAGGAGUUGUUUGAGUUUCCGUGAAGCAGCCUCUUGACAUGUUUAGGCAACACAGAUGGAUACUUUGUCAACUGUGCUCACCUCAUGCUCACAGUGCUUGUGAAGGAAGGGAGAAUGACAGAGAGAGAGACUGGAAGGAAGACAUAAUAACAUUGUAGAAAUUCCACAAACACACUCAUUUAGUGGAAUGUAACCACAAUGAUCUGUACCCACAAUGAUUUGUACCCACAAGGAUUUGUACUCAGGAAACUGAUGACGAGCACCAUCAACGUUGAGUUACUUUUAUUUUUUUUUUCAAAAAAAAACCCAACCAAUCAAAACUAACAUAACAAAACCAGGCUCUAACUAAAAUAUGUUUGUGUUUUUUUUCCGGUUGCCUGAAAACCACGGUGCCACAUUUUUUAUAAGAACAAACAAACUUAUUAUUUUUACAUUUUAAACAGGUUUUUUAUCUUCCUUCUUUUAAUUGCUUUAGAGUGUGGCUAUGAUUAUUGAUCUUAACCGGCACAAGUUUGUCUACAUCACUGUUGUCAGUUUUUAAUAAGGUUGACUCAAUUUGUUAAAAACAUAAAUAAAAUUUGAUACACUCAUGUAUUGUAGAACAAGGGUCUAGGGCACCAUGUAGCUCGACUAAGCCAGUAGGAAGUUCCAUUUAUGCCCUUACAUAUAGAGCUUAUUUUUUUAACAGCCCACAAACUCUGGGGACUGUCAUUAUGACAACAAUGUUAGGAAUGCUGCCUUUUCAGGGCAUCCAAUUAAUUAAUCACCGGUUGCCCGCAAUUAGAGUGCACUGCUUUUUUUUUUUUUUCAGGGCAUCUAAUAAAUCACCUGGUGUUCACAAUUUGAAAUUCCUUUGAUUAAAUGUAAUUGAUCAGGGAUAGAUUUCUGAUCACUACUACUAGGUACUCCAUUGUACUUGGUCCUCACAUUCCAGAUUGGAGAUGCACUCCUAAUUCAUUAAUUCACUCCCCCCCCCCCCCACACACACACACACACACACAUUCACACACAACCAUUCGUCUUUAGGGCCAGCAUCCUGAAAGGAUCAGGGGGAAUGAACCCUUUCAACGUCUCAAAUUGUAUCUGAUUUUGUGAUCCGUGAUUUUGAUAUGACUUCAAAGAUGUAAAUGUAUUUUUUAAUUUAUUAUUUAAUGUUCUUUCAAUGAGUGCCAAAUUAUUUCCAGAUGUGUUCAAACAAAACCAGAGCACCAGCGCUGCUCCGUUAAAAUCAAAGUUUUUUUUUUACCGUAUUUUCCGGCGUAUAAGACCACUUUUUAACCCAUGAAAAUCUUUUCAAAAGUCGGGGGUCGUCUUAUAUGCCGGGUGUCGUCUUAUGAGCUGGUGUACAGCCAAACCCUGGAUUUUAACAGGAAAAGUAAGGGGGCCGUCUUAUACGCCGGAAAAUAUGGUAUUUGUUUCAAUCACCAGCUUUAUCACAUUCAAUCAUCUCUUUCCUUGUCUUCAAUCACUAUUCCAUCACAUUCAAUCAUUCUUUCCUUCUCUUCAAUCACUACCCAAUCACAUCCAAUCAUUAUUUCCUUGGUUUCAAUCCCAUUGUCAUUUUGUAGAAUCGUUAGCUGUUAAAUGUCAAUUGCCUGGAAAAUAUUUGUCAUAAUUUGUUGGUUUAUCCAUGACAUCCUUACUUCAAUGUUCAGUGUAUUUGAUGGUCAUCUCUUGUUGACUUGCCAUAGGCGAAGAUGUCUGCCCCAGUGUAUUUGAUGGUCAUCUCUUGUUGACUUGCCAUAGGCCAAGAUGUCUGCCCCAAUAGAACAAUAGAAAUGUAUUCUUAUCAUCUGACAGCUCAAGCUUUGACACUGCUCGUCAAUGAAUAAUCUAUGGCUUUCUUGUGUACAUUUUUGGGGUAUCCUUAAUAGUAUAUAGGGUCAUAGGGCACAGGCACACUGAGGGGAACAUAGGGACUUAUCAUUGGGCAGUGGUAGAUCCAGGGUACAUGGGGCACUGGUAGUUAGACUGAGGGGAACAUAGGGACUUAUCACUGGGCAGUGGUAGAUCCAGGGUACAUGGGGCACUGGUAGUUAGACUGAGGGGAACAUAGGGACUUAUCAUUG